AUGCUGCCAACACAAGAAAAUAUAGCCAUACAAACGGAUAUAUUACCAACACAAAAUAUAGGACAUCUAGAUCAAAAUCAACCACAAGUGUACUCGUUACUAUCUGAUUCAAAGAGUCCUUCAUCAAUAAAAAAGCCUCGACGAAAAAAAACGACGAAAUUAGAAGAAACUAUUCCUGUGAUGCUUAAUCCACAGAUAACAAGAACGCCUACCGGCAUUACUUUUGGUGCACCUUAUCAUCAUCAUCAUCAUCAUCAUUCGAUGACAUUACCAGAAUCUAUACCGUCCUUCGUAUCCGCACCUCUUAUAAAUGGUCAUACGCUUCCUUUUAGACUUUUGAUAGAACAUGAUUCAUAUGAUGCAAAUAAUAAUAUCAAUCAUAAUGAAAUUUCAUCACUUUCUAUGUCUUUAAAUUCUUCAGUAUCAGUUCAAACUCAACAAAGUCCUCCAUGGUCAAAUGAUUCUGUGCGAGUCAUUAAUUCGAAUUCGAUGUCACAAAUGAUCGCGGAAUCACAGCUUGUUGGAUUAAACCGAAUAUUAAACAAUAAAAUUGAUGAGAGAACAGUAUCAAUGUGUUCAACACAGCAAAAUGAAUAUAAAUAUCUUAGCCCAUCAUUUACGUAUAGUCGUCAAGAGUCCCCAAUUAGUCACUUCCACCCUAUUCCAUCCUCGUUAUCUUCCACACAUGUAUCUGCUGUUGCACCUACAAAACCAAAGAACAAGCACCCAAAAAGACUAGAUUCCCGUAGUCCUAUCGAACAGCUACAUUCUACACAACAAAUCUCUCAAUGUCCAACUACUUUUACACAGUCUACGGUUUCAAAUGGCUUGCCAUCUAUAAUACCAACAUCUGUAACUGUAACGCCGAUUAAUUCUGAUGAACCUCCACUUUCCAUGGACAUAUCAAUGACAACAAAUUUCAUACCAUUGACACCACCUGCUUCAAUAAGUUCAAUAAAAUCUCCACCGACUAACAUUAAGAAUGAGUAUUCAUUGAUACCAAUUCAAAAAAAUUUAUUAUCACAGACUACAAAUAAUACUACUGACGUAAACUCAAUAUCAAGACAAUAUUUUCAUGAUCAAAGAUAUUCUCAAAUGCAAAACACAAUUAAUAAUUCAAAUACGAAUAAUUUGCCAUACAAUUUACAGCGUUUAUUAGUUGCUGCUAAUCAACAAUACUGUAUGGUUCAUUCUGACUUGAUACCUACAAACAUUCUACCAUUGACAUGUGCUUCUAUUUUACCUGGAACUAUCGCUACUACUCCUUCAAUAUUAAUGGCAUCUGACAUAAAAAAGAAAAGGAAAAGAUGUGUUCGAAAACCUAAAGUUAUGCAAAGUCCUAUAGGGGAAAUUUCAACACAUGAACAAUCUUUGACUUCUAAAUCAUUAACAGCAGCUGUAUCUACUACUAAAGAAAGAAAACAUAAAAAAUCAAGUAAGAAAGAUAUUCGCCCAAAAAAACAAUUACAACGUCUUACACGUCGAAAUCGAUUGGCUGUUCUCAAGUUCAUGAUGCAAAAGCGAAAACAACAAAAACAAGAACGCAUAUCAAUACAAAAACUUCCUGAUAUCAAAACACAACAAGUUGUACCGAAAUUGAUCAGCACUCAGACGGUGAAUUCAGACAAAAUUGAGCCACAUUUACCAGAUAUUAUUGCACCAAGUGACAAAUGGUUAGCUACACAACAUAUGGCAGGCUAA